AUGUUAGCGGUAUCGUUUUUGGCUGCCCCCGCAGCCACCUCUGUGAACAGGCCUGCAGUGGAAGACGGGAAUGGCGCCUUAUCUUUGGUGGAGCUGCUGGUGGAGUUAUCGGGUUCCCUGACAAGUGGCAAUUUUGGGAAAUAUCGCCGCGGAGAAUACGGAAGGAUAUCUGCGGAAACAGAUGGCAUUCUGAGAACUGUCUCUGUCCCGCCCUCCAGAGAUCCGACAGUGAUACGGAGGAAACGUCGGCGUGACGUCAUCAAUUCCUUUUUUGAUUCCUCCACCGCAAGGACGUCGACGCCAGUGUUUUCCACAUCACCCGCGGUAUUCCGUAGCCGGAUGCGCCAGCUCUUUCAGAACGCCAAGCAGAAUAUAAGAGAAGUCACAGAAACUCAUGCAGCGUUGUUGGAGCUUCUUUGCAGCGCUGUUGCUCCGGAUAUAGACUUGAAAGAAGCCGCCGAGGGCGCGGCGACUUUGUCAGAAGCGUCAGAAGCCGAGUUGAUGUUGUACAUCAUCCUCCGCACCAGCAUAGCCGCGGCGCCAACCUGGCAGAAACCCCCCACUAUUCCACGCUGUUGGUUGUCACCUUCCAUCACAGAGAUGGUGGAGCGGUCUCCGACGCUGCAAAGAACGAUGCGGUGGUCAUGCGACCCUGAUCCCGUGAUUGAAGCUGCGCUUGGCGUAGAUCAUACCAGGUACAAUCGUUCUGCCUUUGAGCCGUACAUGGCAUGCCAGUUGCCGGCACUUCUGACCUAUCAUACAGACUACGCUGGAGUUGCUACUACUGCUGGUGGUGGUGUGGAGAGGAAGCCAUAUCUCAAUGAAUCUUUAAAAAUGGAUGCGGCGCAUGGUGUUUUUUCUUAUUGGUGCGCAGGAGAGAAGGAGGAGGUGCGAUGUCUUUUCAGUAGAAAGCGUCCAAUUAAUGUCGACACAGAAGGAGAGUUGGAUUCACCGCCCCACAUGACUCACCACGAUUCCUCCGUUGUGCAUGCGCCAUCUUCGCCGGGAGCCACAGUCAAGAAGUUGUUUUUUUCCAUCUUCAAAGAGGAAUAUCCAACGGACUCUCGUUUUUGUUCCCUUCUUUUUGUUGCCCUGCACCGUGGUAUUAUUGGGCAACAGGACCCGUACCUCCUACUGCGGCUGGAGGGUGGUGGGAUGGGGUGCCCACCACAACAAAGCCUCAUGAUAACCCCCAGCAAGCUUUCUUUUUCACAGUUCAGUGAAACGGUUGAAAAUUCCUCAUUCACAUGCCCUGUAAGCAUUGGCGUCAGUCCGGAGUUUCUUGUUGCGGCGACAGGAAACCACGGUGAUGAAGAGAUGCGGAGGAGGAGCGGAAAUCAAACAGCCCUCAAUGAGGGGGGAGAAUUAGAGGCGAAAGACACGCUGUGUGCGAGGGGAGUCGUCGCUAUGCUGCAGUGGAGUUGUCAGAGUGGAACUCUUUUUUUGCGACUGCAUCAGCUGUGUGACGUGUCUGAACGACCCGAGUGGCGGGCGGCUCUUGGACAGUACGGAAAAAGCGCCAUUGAGGCUUUGCGUUGGCUUCUGCUGUCGCUACAACGCCUCGUAGCGGAUAUGAGCGAUCGUGCCGGGGGUCCGCACGGGGUGUCGUUCAGGGAACUUCUUGUAGCGCAGCAGAGACUCCGGCACGUUGCGGAAGAUAUCGCAGUGCUGAGUGAUGUUUUUCUUGUGCAUGCGGGAGCAAACUGGGAAGCCUCUCUUGUGCUGGGACAAAUUUCCUCUGCUACGCUUCUAACUUCACUCUACAGACAUUAUGCAAAGAGAACUGCCAACAACCAAUGGCGUGGUCAGCACCCGAUGGUUGCCGGUGCGUCUGACGGAAAAGUCGGAAGACCAGAUGUUAUCGUUGAGUUGUUUCUUGCCGUGUUGGACCCGCUGCAGUGCAUGUUGGGGGCGUGGCUCCGUGCGGGGGAACUAAAAGAUCCCUACGAUGAGUUUUUUAUUUUGCCCUCACACGGCACCACUGCGUGUGGUUUUCUUGUGGAUACAUCCGCGCAGCGUCUGCCUGAAUUCAUAUCGCCGGAAACAGCGGAGAAGAUUCUUCAUGCUGGGGUAAGCCUCCGUGUUCUCCGCGCCGCGGCGCGUCACGUGACACUCUGUUCCACAAAAGAAAAAAGGCGGUUGAGGUUCCAAGCCGAAGAUAUUGAUGCUGCCGGGCUUUACCAAGAGCAGGUGGAAGACGCCGAGGACAUUAACUUGCUAUUACGUGAAUUCAUGGAGUCGCUGCUGGGUUACCGUUCGUCUUCAACUUUCUUGGAGAUGCCUGAAGUGAGUGUUCUGACGCGGAAUGGCUCGCUCGCGUACUGGCGGGCUUUCUACGCCGCGUGCAAUGAUGUGCUGCUCUCUGUGGGAGACGAGAUGGAAGGUGGGCAGAACAACGUCACUUUCGGAUCCAUCCAGCUCGCCCGUGUUGUGCCAGUAAACCUUUUUGAUGGGGAUGAUACGACGAGGAGCAUCUGCACCGAAGAACGGGGCGGAGUUGGUGGUGGUAGGAAAGCAAAAUCUCUUGUGACAAGCUUGUCGCGCCUCUCCAGGACCACAACUGCGUGGCACGAGGCAGUCUCGGAGGAAUUGGCCCAAGUUGCCCAUUCCACAAGUAAAGAAGAGGCGGCGGGCAAGACGAAGGAGCGCGCGGCGCUUUGCUCAGAGUACGAGAGGAGAGUAGUGCGCCGCAGAGCCCAGCUGCAGUUGCAGCAAUGGAAGGCAGUGCGUCUUUCGUUGAACAUGGAGAGAGCAGCCGCGUUGUCAGGGUGCGUUGACAGCCUAUUAGAGUUGUACGCCCGCAUGCUGAGCCAAACUCCCGCUGAAGAAGGGGAAGAGAAGGAAGACAAAAUGGAGGAUGGUCGGCGAACGCCCAUAGGGAAAUUUGUCAAACCCCUUGCCCAAAUACCGCCCUCAGCCCAGGCCGCUGAAAAAAGCAAUGCCACCAGCGAGGGGAAGGCCACCCUACAACUGGAUGGUCAGUUGCUUCUUGGCAACGAAGAGGCGCCCUUUGAGACAUCGAUUGUUUCCGUGUUUCGAGUUACCCCUCCACCUUUACGUCGCGGAAGUGGCUCUGUGUGGAUGGGUAACAUGUCGCUAUCGCUGCAAUCUGAACAAAAAAGUUUUACCCGCUCUGAAAGAGAGCCACAGGAGAGUGCGCACGCGCCGGAAAUGUAUGUUGUGGCCGACAUUAACGACGAGGAAUACCUGAUGGAAAGAGCUGGGCCUAGUCUGAGUCAAGCGAGCGCGAGGGAAUUCAUGGUUGCUCAAUACGAUGCAGCUGAAUCAAUUGUGAGAAACUGUUUUAUAUUGAGCGAGGCGUACCAACAGGCAUGCAAGGAGGCGGCUAUUAAAUUGCUUCAAGUUGAGGGCGAUCGUAGUUGCAGAGCCGAUGGGGAUGAUGCAUGCAUGAGUGAUUACUGGUGGACAAAUCCGACUGCCGACGAGGGAACUCGUUUUGCUCAUAAGGGCAUCUUUUCUGCGUUAACGAAGACUUCUCAUGCAUUACACAAGCUGACAGAAGAGCAGGCAAAGAGUCUUCUGCAUUGCUCGUCUUACUACCUCACACUGAGCAGCUACACCGCAAGUUAUUUGACACAUAAAGCACUUCAGGUCAUGCUUUUGGGCCCGUACGGCACACUUUAUCGGCUGACGCAGCAGUUCCUAGAUGUGUGCCUCAUGCAGAGUGGCCGUGUGGCGGAUCGCAUGACAGGAAUUUGGCAACGCCUCACGAAGACAGCAAUUGAGGAAAGCAAAUUUGUUUUCUCGAAUUUUAUGGCUGCGCUGAAUGGGGCAUUUGUGGAAGAAUGGGAAUCAUGUGUGCUGCAUGGGCGUGACACACUGCAGGUGCAACUUGCUCUCAUGGUCCCGGAUGACACCAGCGCGGGGACUGACGUCUUUCCAGCAGAGAAUGAAGAGGAGGAUGGCAAUGGGGCCGGUGGAAGCAUGUUGUUCCAAGACACGGCGUUUCGAAAGCGCACGCUUUAUUCCGCGUCCGAACAAGUGGCGGAAGAAGAGACGCAGCGGGAACAUGACGGUGACGGAGCAAAGGGCAGAACAGGAGAUGAUGCGAUUCCGCUUCCAGAGAAUCCAUUCGAUUUUAUCUCUCGAUUGAUCAUUGUCUACAGCACGCCAUGUGAGGGUUUUUGGCUCCUACCAAAGAAUGCAGUUGCCAUCUAUGGCGAUCUCUUCGCCACUCUGCUCUUCUGGAGCUCUGUGACACAGCUCGUGACACGUGUGUGGCAAGUUGGGAUUAAGUCAGACGUGGCAGAGGCGUUUUUCUUUUGCAACUUCUCUCGUGCUGUGCUGAGUGCCGUGGCACAACACAUGUGGUUCCUCAUUGCCAGUUUUGCGCGUGAGUAUCGUCACACACUGCGCUUUGAAUCGGGCGUUCUUUACUCUUAUCGCCAGCUGGAGAGCUUCACGACGGAUCAUGCUGCAUUUCUCGAACGGUGUCGCUUUGCCGCAAUGUUGACUCCCGCCUUUGCUCGUGCACGGCGUCAGGUAUACGGGAUGGUGCGGCAGCUGGAGGAGGUGGAGCAGUGCCUUUUGUGCGCCGCCAGGGAAAAUGCGGCGGAUACAUCCGUCUCUCGAUCCGUUUCUCCCGGCGGCAACGAAAAAAAAUCAGGAGCGGCAGCAGCCCACAUUGCAAGUGGCGCCAAGGGACGGAAUGGCAAGAAGAAGACGAGGGCGUCUGAAGGAGGAAACGAACGGGAUGGUGGCGGCGAACUUCACGGUUCUAAUCGCCGAAAAGAGUUUUCGCCCUCAAAGACAUCCAAGUCGUCGCCCUCUGACGUGUCGCCCAAAGUCAAGCAGAAACCCGGCAGAAACUCGGGGGCCCGGCAGCUGCCGCCGACAGAGGAGGCGCGACGGCGUUCUGUGCGGAACAACGUGAGCCGUCGUAUACGUUCCUUUGCGGGGCUAACGGAGAUUUUUGUGGAGCAUCUCACCGCUGUGCGGGAUAACCUUGCGGAGGAUGCGGAGUCAUCGGUUGUUCCGCAGGACAACGAACCUGAGAAGCACAAUUCAGCACGAGACACGUGCCGCACCAAUACGUGCGCCGCCGCUUUGUCUUCGCUCAUUCGCACCCUGGAAAUGACGCAGGCUGCCGCUCAUGACAAAUUCUGA